UCUCCCCCCUCCUCGGUUCCUCCCGUUCCUCCCGUGACUCGCGACUGGAGGGGGGACUCGCGACUCGCGAGCACGACUGCGCGAGGAGGAGCCGCGCCGCCGCCGCGGUCCGCCAGCCCUGCGCCCCUGCCCUCCACUCCCGCACGCGGCACGCGCACAGGCGCACAGCUUCUCGCCUCGCACCCUCGCCUUCUCCCGCAGUCCGUGCGCGGCCAGCCGCCCUCGCGCGUCCGCUCGCUCGAGUGCUCGACCCCCGACAGCGGACGGCCGGCACUCGACUCGAACUCGAGCACUCGGGCCUCGGCAGUCUGCCAGGCGCCAGCGGGCAGCGGCCACGGCCCACGGCCAGUCCGGGCGUGAGGGCGUCCCGCGUCCGACUCCGGCUGAAUUUAAUUAGGGGUAAGCAGUUGUGAUCCUGCCCUCUUGGUCAGAUGCCGGGUUACUAUGACAUCGAUGACAUCCUCAUGGAGGAUGAGCCUAUUUCAGUUGUUUUCCAAGUAACUGCAAAUGGCGUUGGCCUGCUAGAUCCCGGUGCUGAAAGUAACUGUGUAGAGAAGGGUGCCAAGGUGGACCUCCCAUUUUGGCUUGCGCAUGGGCUGCUGUCUCUGGAACAAGCUGUGUCAAUAAACCCACCUCCAUGCUUCACACAGAAAACUCGGAAGGAGAUCCAAGCUGAUGCAGCCUGUGUGGAUUUGAGGGUUCGUUGCCCGUACUUUUAUGAGCUAGGAUGCAAGAUUGUUCCUUUGGUGAGUGACAAGAGCAUUGGCCUGUUCUUGCGAUAUGCAUUCACCAGUAGGUACAAAGAGGUUCUAAGCAAGUCCCACAGUUCUUCCAUGAUGACAGUUCCCAAGUUUGUUCCACGGCUUACAAAAGAAGAAACUCGAGUGUUUGAAUCUGCUAGAGAAUCGAUGGCUGGUUUCAAGAAAUGGAGAGCAGGUGGGGUGAGACUGCAAAAGGCUUCCAUUCUUGGCCGGAAGAGGAAGACAAAGCUGCCUGAUGGACCGCCUUGAAUGAGUUUUAAGUUCUCCAUGGAAGAGAGUGGUUGAAUAGUUGAGGUGAUGUGUGCUGCUUUGAUUUGCUAGAACUGUGAGCAAAGAGAAAUGUGAAUGGCAGAUUAAAUCUGGAUGGACUAUAAUCUGAUGUGCAUUGUGCACUUCUGUAUAGUCUGACAGCAGCUCUGAUCGGUCCAUGCUUUGUAAGGAGAAUGAACACUUAAACCAUGAUGUCCUGUUUGGAGCAAGUGUCAUGAUUUUCAGCAGGGUAUCUAGCAGACUUUACAAUUGCGACUCUGCAGAAGAGUUCGGGGCAAUUUCACAUGUUCUCACAGGGAGAACACGGGAUUGGGAUGUAAUGAAAUAAUUUAGAGUAAUGGUAACGAGAUUUUACCUUGCCCCGUUGUUUUGCCUGCAAAUCAUAGAUAUAGAGUUCACUGUUGUUUUGUCCUGUAAAGAAAUUUGACCAUAAAGUGUGAUUUUUUUUUGCCACCAUUUAA